AUGGCUCCACAACCCCUUCCAUUCCCGGGGUUCACCCCGAUAUCUGAUCGAGUAUACCUUCGCAAUGGCCACGAGAAGGCCAAGUCAUCCCCAGCCGAUGAGCCAACAACGAUCAUCAUCUCCGGCUGGGGCGACGGCAUGCCGAAACACGUUACCAAAUAUUCCGACGGCUACCAUGAGCUCUACCCAUCCGCGCGGAUCAUCGUCAUCCUAUCGCGUACCUUCCAAGCCACCAACCAACCGGAGGAAGCCAGAAUCCAGGCCAUGAUGCCGGUCGUUGACACCGUUUUCCCCACGCCAACCGGCAGCGGAAACGAAAAGGAGCGCCUGCUUGUGCAUGCCAUGUCAAAUACCGGCGCCAUCUUCACUGCCUCCACCGUUAUCGCAUACCAGCGACGCCAUGGCAAGGACAAGCCAUUCCCCCACCAGCUCAUGGUGUUGGAUUCCACGCCGGGAGGUCUGGUCUUCACGUCUCAGGUUACCCGGUGGUCGCGUGCUAUGACGGUCGGCACAGCCAAGUUCUUCCCUUGGCCCUUCAUUAUCACACAUGGUAUGUGGUACGCUUUCCUCUGGGCGAAUUACCUGUGGCAAGUCCUGCGCGGUGCUGUGUCUUCUGGUGUGUGGGCGGACAGGAUCAUAAAUGAUAAGUCCUGUGUCGCGACCGAUUCUAGCAGAGUUUACCUGUACUCUAAGGAAGAUGAGAUUAUUGGUUACAAGGAUUUGGAGGAGAAUGUCGCUCAUGCCAAGACUUUGGGCUACUCGGUUGAUCUUGAGAUGUUUGAGGGCUCAUCGCAUGUGGGACAUAUGAGACUUCAUCCUGAACAAUAUUGGAAUAAGAUUUCCAGCUCUUGGAAGCAGGCCAUGGCGGAGAAAUAA